CUUCCCAGCAGGGGAGGCGGGAAAAACAGCGAAAGCCUCGCCCACCGCCCUCCCCCAGCCUCGCCACUCCCAGGCUCCUCCGGACUCGACUCAUCCUCCUGGGAUUGUCUCGGAGGGGACACGCCGCGCAGACGCCAUGGAAGUGGUGCUGCUCCUCCUGUGCGGCCUCCUGGCCCCAGCGGUCCUGGCCAGCGCAGCUGAGCAGGAGAAAGAAAAGGACCCUUUCCAUUACGACUACCAGACCCUGAGAAUCGGAGGGUUGGUGUUUGCCGUGGUCCUCUUCUCGGUGGGGAUCCUGCUUAUCCUCAGUCGCCGAUGCAAGUGCAGUUUCAAUCAGAAGCCGCGGGCUCCUGGGGAUGAGGAGGCUCAGGUGGAGAACCUCGUCACUGCAAAUGCCACGGAGCCCCAGAAAGCAGAGAACUGAAGUGCAGCCCCCAGGCACAAAGAACCUGAAGGCAGCUGCUUGAACCUUUAGAUGCAAAUGCUGAUGCUUAAGAAAACCGGCCACUUCAGCAACAGGUCUUUCCCCAGGAGAAGCCAAGAACUUAUGUGUCCCCAGCCCCUCGACACCUGUCCUCAACUUAAUAAUGCAACCCUGCCUCCCCCACUUGGAGCCUGUGGUCUCGUCCACCUCCUGUGACGUGUGUGUCUGUGUGUGUGUGUCUGAUGACUGUGGUCUCUGUGGUUGCUUGUUCGUGGAUGAUGUUGUGUUUUAGUGAACCCAAACCCACUUUCCUGGGCCAGAGCUGAGCCUCGUGGCUCUCAGCUCCUCUCUCUCUCCGUGGCCCCAUCACCUCCCACUUUUGGGAGGCUGCUUUUUCUCUGACAGACCAGUCCCUUCUCUUGAUUUCAGGGUGGAUAUGGGGGUCUGGUGGGAAUCUCCAGUUGGCUUGGGACUUGGGAAGGUUUACAUCACUUUCAUGAUCCUUCUGCAUGGCCACUUUUCACUCUUUUUGUAAGAACCUUGCUUCCGUCCUUGUCCCUGGACCAAAUCUGUGCUGAGGUCUCUUGGCAGCGGGAGGUUCCAGCAAGGAGCUGAUGAGCCCACCUUGCCCUCAGGUGGCUGAACCCCGUCCCUGGUGCCCAUAUGCCCCGCCUUACCCUGCCCCCGGGGAAAUGUGCCCCUUGCAUAUCUUCUCAGCAAUAACCCCCUGGGCUCUGGAACCAUACGCCCUUCUCCAGCCUUCCCUGCUCCAGAGACUCCCAUCUAUAGCCAGCUUGGCUGGACCCAGGCUCUCAUCCCUGAACUGGGGCUCUGGCAGGUGAUGGCUGAAUGGAUGCAAUUGGCUGGGGCCUGUGCUCUGGGGAGGGACAGCAUGGAGAAAGAGCAGGGGUCCUCUGCUUCGCUGUCUGCGCCCUGCUGGCCAGGCAGCAGCGCCGGCUCCCGCCCCCUCUGCUAGCCUGGCACCAAGUUAGGGAGCGGGCAGGGCUCCGGGCAGCCCCGCUGCAGGGGGAGCAGCAGGAGGUCCCAGGUGGUGAAGAGAGUGGAAAGGCAGACCCCGCCCCUCCCGCCCCUCGUGUUCUCGUGGAAACUGACCAAACCGUGCCGCUGUGAGCAGGACUGCCGUUCUCUGUGUCGUGAUCUCCUCAACAAGGACAAAAAGGAAUAAAAUACCACUUGUUUCCUAGUG